AUGCGUUCUGGGUCGGCCGAGCUGCUGCAGAGCGCUGCAGUGGCCGAAGCGCCGGCGCUGCCGCAGCACCUCAUGCGUGGAGCUAGCAACCCCGCGCGAGGCGCAGGGCCUUCCAAGAAGUACAAGCCACCGAAGAAGCGGGUCAAGGGCGUCACGGAGGAGUCGUACCGCGUUCGCUGGCUCAAGAAGCUUCCCCGCAAGGACAUGACGAGCUGGCUGUCGGACAUAUGCAGCAGCUGCGAGCGCGCCGGCAACGAGGCGCUGGUCCUCUGCGUCGGCGGCGCGGCGCGCUGCGCGGCCGCGGACGGCGACGCGGAGCCCUGGUUCUGCCCCGAGUGCCACUCGGGCCGCAUGCGCUGCUUCGUGUGCGGCGGCUUCGGGACGAACCCUAAGGACCUGAAAAUGCGCAAGUGCUCCUCCGGGGGGUGCGGGCGCUUCUACCACCUGAAGUGCGCCGCGUUGCUGCCGCUCAGCAACAUGGGCGCCGGCGGCAGCUUCUUCCGCUGCCCGCAGCACUACUGCGCGGCGUGCGCCAAGAGGUGCGCCCGCGCCACAACCGGCCCGCGCCUGCGGACGGCGGCCUGCCGCCGGGCGCACGCCGGCCCGCGCCCGCGCGGCUCUCGCGCGGCACCCCGCGCCUCCUGGACCGCCGUGCCGCGACCAGCCGACGCACCCACCUGA